AUGCCCUCUUCUACCGUGAUGGCGGUCAUCGUCACCUCGUCCUCCAAUCUGCUAACGCAGAACCUGCCUCUCGGGGGACCUGUCCCCAGGCUCGUCCUGGAUGAGGGGGAUCGCGUACGUUUCUGUGUCGUGGGGGGGAACGGGGAGGGCAUGCGGGUGAGAGAGGUUGAGGGAGAUGGGAGCUUUGUAUCGCGUCUCGGUGCGGAAGAUUUCGGGAAGGUAGCAAACGGCCUGACAAAGGCGCGCAGGUUACCAGUAGGGGAUUAUUGGUUCGUCGCCACCAAGAAAGACAUCCCCGAUUGCUGGUUCGAGGUUGUGGUGACUCCAACAUUGCAGGGCAUCGACCCCGCCAUCACCCAAGCCCUGACCAACAACAGCCUCACCGCCCUUACCACCGGCACCACCGACACCACCACACCCACCCACCCCAUCGCUCGUCUCCCGCCAGCUCGGCCAACUUGACCGACGACGGCGCCGCCGCUCCUUCCGUGACCGAGACCGCCGCUAACCAGGCCAACAAGGUCGCAACGGGCAUCAGCAGCACCGUCAAGAACGGCACCCAUCGUCGCCGAUAAGAUGGACAGCGUGCUGCACCAUCGCGC